GAAUUUGGAUCAGGUGGAAAGUCAGCUGAUUCCACCACAAACAGGAAGGGGAAGUCACAGUUCAACAAAGUAGUCAUGUAAAAGCAGCUAACUCAUUUGUAUAUUUGUUUAAUUUAAUAAAAGAAGGCUUCAGACUCAAAAGAUGUUCGGGGGAGACGAUGAGGACGGGGACUUCUUGUCUCCUUCCGGAGGGGCCAAGUUAGCCUCCCUGUUUGGAUUAGACCAGGAAACCAGUCAGGGGAACGAGUCGUUCCAGUACACGGCACCCAAACAGCCCAGAAAGAGCUCCAAUUCAGCAGCAGCCGCCCAGAAACCAGCUCCACCAUCGGGAGCUCCUGCAGUGUUACUCGCCACAGCAGUCCAGGCCUUCAGAUAUAUUAACGGACAGUAUGUGAAGCAGGGCAAGCUGGGAGCAGCCGUACUGGGCAACCACACGACUAAAGAGUACAAGCUGCUUCUGUACUUGAGCCAACAGAAACAAGUUGCCGCUGCCAAGAUUCAUGUGGGCUUUGUUUUCACGGUACAGCCAAACAACUACUGCACUUUUUAUGACGACCAGAGGCAGAACUGGUCCCUGAUGUUUGAAUCAGAGAAAGCUUCAUUGGACUUCUGCAAAGAGGUAUGUUUGGCCAAAGCGAACAGUGCGUCCUCCUUAGAUGCCGUGGUGAUUCAGGAUCUGAGUCUUGGCGAGGGCCAGGCAGUGGAGAACGGAGACUCUCUGGAAGUGGUGUACACAGGCUGGCUCCUGCAGAACUACGCCAUCGGACAGAUGUUUGACUCCAACCAGAACAAGGACAAGUUGUUACGACUGAAAGUUGGAACUGGAAAAGUGAUCAAAGGCUGGGAGGAAGGGAUGCUAGGAAUGAAGAAGGCAGGUCGUCGUCUUAUUGUCAUUCCACCCAACCUAGCUUAUGGAGCCAAAGGAGUCCCCAACCGUAUCCCUUCUAACAGCACCCUUAUUUUUGAAGCAGAGCUUCGACGGGUGAAGUUUUCCAAGGACAGUGGGUCUGAUCGGGCCAGUGCUAGCUCCAGAGACUCUGCUGCUCCCUCCCCUGCUCCUUCCCCAGCACCCAGUGUGGAAAAUCUGGCCCCAGAGCCCCCAGUACAGACAAGUGCCUCAGGUCCAGGCAUAGCAGGGGAGCCACCACUUCGUGCAAAGUCAAACUCGCUCAGUGAGCAGCUGGCAAAUCCAGACGCCACAAAAGCCAAGCUGAUCUCUCGCAUGGCAAAGAUGGGCCAGCCCAUGUUGCCCUUUCUGACAGGAGUGGCCAGCCAGCCCGAAUCCAGUGACUCUGAGCUUGAGGACACCAGUGGCAGCAGAGUGAAGGAUCGGCCCGCAGCUCCAUCUCCUGUGCAGAUAUCCACUGCUGCUCCAGCUUCUGCACACGUACAUCCUCAUCCUCACACCGCUCCACCAUCUGCCUUAGUUCCUGUUAUGACCAGUGUUGCACCACAGCCUGGGCUGCCAGGCAGCAGCCACGCCUUUCAGCCUUACUCGUACACACAGACCUCUGCAGCUCCAUCUCAGCUGCAGCCUGUUGGCCAGGUCUACCCUGCACAAACUGUCCCAUACAUGGGCUCCAGUGAUGUGACUUCCUUCUUGAUGACUGAGGCCCGACAACACAACACAGAGAUCCGGUUAUCUGUUGGAAAAGUAGCAGAUAAAGUGGAUCAGCUGGCCUCAAAGAUAGAUGACCUUCAAAGGCAGGGAAGUCUUUCCAUGGGUGUGUCUAGUAUGUCGAUGGAAACCUCCAUGAUAAUGCACAACAUCCAAAGAAUUGUCCAGGAAAAUGAAUGUCUAAAAAAGGAAGUCUUUGAUAAAAGCUCUCGCAUCGAGGAGCAAAACCAUAAGAUUGGGGAGCUCAUCAACCAGAACCAGAGGUACAUGGAGCAGAGUAACCUGCUGCUGGAAAAGAGGAACGACUCCCUCAAGUCAUCCAGUGAGCAGAACCAGGCCAGACUACUGCAGGCUGAGCAGGACAAGGUCCGUCUGACGGAGGAUCUGGCCUCGUCCACAGCCCGGCUGUCUCAGCUGCAGCUAGAAGCUUCGGCUCAACAACAGAAGGCCACAGAGCUGCAGACUAAACUGAGCUCAGCACUGCAGGACAGUGAGAGCCACAGCCAACGCAUCGCAGCCCUGGAUAUACAGCUGGAAGAGCUGAAGGAGGCAGCAGAGAGGGCCCAGGCUCAGUACCGCUCAGAGAAACAAAGACGCAAAGAGAUGGAGCUGAAAGUCAACAACAUGGAGGAGGAACUGCAGGACCUGAAGACUGAUAAAGAGAGUCUAGAACGAACACUUUCAGAAAGGAAGAAGAAGUGGCAGGCUGAGCGUCAGCGUCAGGAUGAGGAGGUGGAGGAGCUCCGCAAGAGCAGCCAGCAGGAGCUGGACAACCUCCGAGCUCAACUUCGCAAAGCCAGGACCAGCACUGACAACGCUGCAUCUGAACAGUUGUCUCAGCUGCAGGCGGAGCUGGAGGAGGAGUGGAAGGGGAAGUGCGAGCAGAUGUUGGCCUGUGCUAAAGAGCAACACAGUAGAGAGCUGGCUGAACUAACAGAGCAAAGAGAUGUUCUGCAGGGCAAGCUAACCCAGCUACAGGAAAAGUUCACAGUUAUGAAGCAGUCAAGAGAUUCAGAAGAACAGAGUUUGCUACAACACCGUGGGCGGAUGGAAGAGGAGCAGCAGGCCCUUCAGGAAAAAUACACAGCCUUAGAGCAGCAAGGAGUAGCUGUAAAGGAGGAACUGGAAAGAAGAGUGGCUGAACUGGAGAAGAAACUGGUAGAGCAGGAGAGUUCAGGAGACACUGCAGCUGAGGUGAAACGUGUGAUGAACGGAGUGUUUCAUUCUCUGCGAGGAGAGUUUGACCUGAGUGAAUCUUACAGUGGCCAGGCUGUGCUGGGGGUGAUUGUCACUACCAUUAAGAAUGUAACCCUGCAGCUGCUCAGUGGCACAGACAGGUCUUCACUGAAAUCGAGUAAGAAUGAAGAGAAAGCAGAGGAAGAGGAGGAAGAAGAAAGUGAUGAUGUGAAACAAAGAGAGGAGAGAGAGGAGAAACCUCAUCAGAAUGUACAUGUGAAUGGAGAGAGAGAAGUCAAAGAGGAAGAACAACAUGUUGCUGAAUUGGCUUCUCACCAAGUUGGUGAGACUCAGAUGGAUCAGGAAGAAGCAGCAGAGAAGGAGUUGAAGACACAAAGCCAGGUAGAGGGAUUGGCGGCCACUGAUCUUCAUCCAGUUUCAUCCACUGAAUCGAAACCGCUGGAGACCAAAGCAGAGGCGGAAGUACAGUCGAAGCAGGCAGAACACUCUGGUCCUGACUCCUCUACAGAGGCUGAAGUACAGUCGAAGCAGGCAGAACACUCUGGUCCUGACUCCUCUACAGAGGAAGAAGACACCAAGAAGUCUGCAGAUCCAGAUGAUAAACCUGAUGAGAGCUCACCACCUGAGGAUGCACAGGAACCCGUGUCAGAAAGUAGUGCUGCAGUGAGCGGUGGCGUGGACAAGGAGAGUGUGGAUGAUGGAGAGCAGGUAGGAGAAAUGAAUGCCACUUCUCAGAAAGCCUUUGGACCCCCAGCCAACCCACCUCCACCCCCGAAUGCACUUCAGAACAGCUCAGGAGAGGACACAAGUCUGACUGGGGGAAUGGGUGAGGAAAAUGGAGAGGAGCCAUUUUUCCAGAUCACAACCCCUGCCAAACCCCCCGCAGCUCCCAGCGAGGAAGAAGAGGAGGAUGAGAUGAGCUUGAAGGGGCACCCCCCCCCUGCCCCUCUGUUUGGGGACGAAGAGGACGAUGAUGAUCUGGACUGGCUGAACUGAGAUGGAACCAGAAUGAUAAAAGUCUGCGUCCGGAUUUUCAACACUAAAAGCAGGCGCAAGGUGCUUUACCAGCUGUCUCUGUCUGGUGGAGCGGUCAAGAUGACGACAGAAAGCCUCUGCUGGUG